AAAUGAACUUUGACAGAAAAAAAACGAAACUUUCGAAACAAUCAUACUCUAAUUUAGCUACUAGCGUGUUGAUUAGAUUAUUAGAGAUGAUGCGAUAAAUUAGACACAAACAAGAAUACGUCAGAAAUAUGUAGAUAUCAAUCACGACUGUUGAAACAGAGAAAUGAGUUGCAAAAUUGGAUUGGUUGAAUUUUCAGGUUCCAAAAAUUGCUUUGCAAGUUUCCCAAACUCUUUUGCAAACCAGGUGAACAAAAACAAGAUUCAAGUGUUUUCAUUGAAAUAUGGCAAGGACAGAAUUGUAUAUGUGAGUGGAUCUGGAACAUCGCAUGACCAAACUAAUGAUGUCAUACACCUAAAUGGAUUGUUUGCCAACAAACUGGGAAUCUGCAGUGGCGAGAAGGUGAUUGUGGAACCAAUAUCUAGUGUCAAGUCCUGCCACCAGGUGUAUGUGGAGCCACUGUCUGUUGAUGACUGGGAAAUAUUGGAAAUCCACCAAGCUUACAUUCAGAGCCACCUAUUGGACCAGGUCAGAGUUAUAACUCAAGGCCAGAUUCUGCCUAUAUGGGUGGACAAGUCAGUUUGCAUCUUUGUCAAAAUUGGUAAUAUAGAGCCACCAGGGGAUUGUGUUCUCCUAGAAACACUAACUGAGGUCAUAGUGACCCCAAAAGACAGAAGAAAUCAAAUUCCAUCUUCUGGCACACCUCAAAUGAAGGCAAAUCAAAUCGCAGAGAUGGCAAAUGGAAAUGCGGUAGGAGCUCCAACCUCAGAUAUACAAGACACUUCCAACCAAUCAGAGUUUGAUAACUACCAUGACAAGAAAAAUGAAAACAAAUUUAAUGACAGACAAAAUACCACCUAUUUUAACAAAUUAUUUACUUGGGCUAGCAGUCUGAUAGUAGGUAAGCAGAACGAGGAGGAAGUUUGCGAUGAAAGAGAAAAUGAUGAUACAGAUUAUGAACUGGAGCUAUUAGAAAGCUCUGACUGUACAAUUGACACAGUGUUUCGAGUACAGCGACUUCAAGAAAGUGACACAUGCAAAUGCUUUAGUUGUGAUAACCAUUAUGAUUCCACUUUUGACAGUUGUGAUACGACAUACAAAUCAAAAUCACAACUCAGUUAUUUUACGCCAGACAAAGAGAGUUAUUCAAAUACACAUACACAAUUGUGUCAGUAUGUACAUCAUCCUUGCAAUGUCUACAUUAACCUUGAAGAUUUAAAUGUUGAUGCUUGCCAUGAAUCAUUUUUUGCCUCUGUAGAGAAACUUGCCUCACCGGCAGAGGUCAAAGAAAUUAUGAAAACAAAAGUAGAUAAAUUAAAAGCGAAAAAUAAAUCUGGAGUUUCGGACAAAACAUUGGAGGAUCCUAAUUCUGAUUCUAGUGUUGACAUGGAAACGGUAGAAGAAAGAGAGAUUGUUCGGGUUGUCAUUUUAAACAAUAAUAAAGAAAGUCAAAUAAAAUCAUGCAGUAAAUUAAAAGUACAAAAUGGACAUGUGGUGGUUCACAAUUUACUCCGUCAAAAGAUGUCACUGUCACUAGGUUCAAAGCUCCGUCUGCAAAGUGUGUCACGUGACCCAGUGACCUUGAAGUCUCUUCAGCUUAGUCCACUGUUUAAAGUGCCUGCUUAUUUUUCUGAUGAGAUGUUGAAGACAGCAUUCAAGUUUUGGUUAAGAAACUACACCAACUAUCAGAGCCCCCUGGUGGUGAACCAGAAUACUUUCAUUUGUAUAGAUCUAGAGAAAGAUAAACCAGGUGAGUUCCUUGUAAAGUACUCAACUUCAGAUGUUACUCAAGUGGAUCUUGAGUACACACUCAUUGAUCCCAGUGAUCUUGAAGACUGCAAUAUUACAGUACAAAGGAAGCUAGCUGCCCUGGAUCCAAUACUUGUAGACCUGGAAGAAAUUGACUCCACUCUACCUGAUAUUUCUAAUCAACACCUCGGUGGAUUCUCAAGCUACAUAACCUCUGCCUAUGAACACAUUCAGACCUGCCUCGCCACUCAGCCUGUUGUGGCAGACAUCUUUACUGAGAAUCAUGGGAUACAAAAUGGCUGCCUGUUGAUAACUGGAAGCAAGGGAAGUGGAAAAACAUCACUAGCCAAGGCUGUUUGUAGCAGACUGUCCAACUGGCCAAGUUUAGCACAUGUGCAAAUGGUCAACUGCAAACCUUUGAAAGGUAAACGUAUAGAGACACUACUGCAGCUCUUAGAGAAAGUCAGUAAUGAAGCAUCUUGGGGGGCCCCAUCUGUAAUCCUAUUGGACGAUCUUGACCAUGUGACAGCAGCGCCAUCUGGACCAGAGGCAGAAGUUGGUGGAGAAGCCACAUAUUUUACACGAGUUUCAGAGAUUCUAAGAGAUUUGUUGAAGUCUGAGAUAACUGGUAAUUCAAAGAUAGCAUUAAUUGCCACGGCAAGAUCAAGAAGCAGUCUCCAUGGCAAUUUGAUGUCAUCACGCGGGACACACCUCUUUCAGAAAGUCGUGGAGAUUAAACAGCCUAAUAAGGAGGAAAGGGCUGCUGUGCUAAAAGCAAUUCUAGAACAGGAUCACCAGGUCAGGGACUCAUGUAUAGAUACCCUUGAUCUGCAGCAUGUGGCAGCUAGAACUGAGGGAUUUACCCCCAAAGAUCUGGUCACCAUAGUAAUAAGAGCUCUGCAUGCUCAUUGGACAGAUAAGGGUCAUGUAACUGAUGAUAAUGUGUCACUAAGGAGCACUGACUUUGACAAUGCACUGGAAGACUUCACACCAGUGUCUCUACGUAAUGUAUCACUACACACAGUGGGUGAACUGGGUUGGUCAGAUGUUGGGGGACUGCAUGAUGUCAGGAACACAUUGGUUGAUACACUGAUGCUGCCUUCAAAGUACCCUCAGCUGUUUGCUGCCUGUCCUCUACGCCUGAGGUCUGGACUUUUACUGUAUGGGCCUCCAGGGUCAGGAAAAACCCUCCUGGCAGGGGUAGUAGCCAAGGAGUGUGGAUUGAACUUCAUCAGUAUUAAGGGUCCUGAGCUAUUGAAUAAAUACAUAGGAGCUAGUGAACAAGCUGUCCGCUCAACCUUCAUAAGAGCCCAGAGUGCUAAACCUUGUAUACUUUUCUUUGAUGAGUUUGACUCUCUUGCACCUAGGAGAGGACAUGACAGUACUGGUGUGACAGAUAGAGUUGUGAAUCAGCUGCUAACUCAGUUGGAUGGUGUAGAAGGGCUCGAAGGUGUGUGUAUCCUUGCGGCAACAAGUAGACCUGACCUCAUAGACCCAGCCCUCCUACGUCCCGGCAGAUUGGAUAAAUGCCUACAUUGUGGUAUACCAACAAAGGAUGAGAGACUAGAGAUCCUUGAAGCUUUAUCAAGGAAGGUCAAUCUGGCAGAUGACGUGGAUCUUGACCAAGUGAACACCUAUUGUGAAAAUUUCACAGGGGCUGAUCUAAAGGCCCUGCUUUACAAUGCUCAACUUGAGUCCAUACACGACUUGCAGCGGGAACACAAGAUUGGAUCUACCAAUAGAGGGCAGCACAAUUCUGGAUAUACCAGUGAAGACACAAGUUUGAAACAAGUUGUUGAGGAUAUCAUUACUGGACAGAGUAGCGAUGGAGAACAAAUUACUCCUUUGAAAGAUGGCAGCACAAUACAAACUGAUUCUAAUAUUGUCUAUAUGGAGAAACUGGAAGAUGGUCCAGUUGCUGUGACUGCUGAUGUAGGGAAAUCCAUCCAAGAUAAGUUGAAGAAACUGCAGACAGGUGUCAGUGUGGAACAAGAAGAAUCCAAGAUGGCUGCCAAGGAAGUGGUUGCUAUGGGAACCAUUGUCAAUCAGAGCUGCUUGGUGGCAGCUGUGAAGAAAAUGUCUCCAUCUGUGUCAGCCCAAGAAAGAAUGAAAUAUGAAAUGAUAUAUUCCAACUUUACGAAAGCUAAAGGAAGCGCAUCACUUGAGAGAGGGACAAGAAGCACUCUGGCCUAAACAGGAAAAGCCCCACAGGAAUGAAGGAAUAUAGGUCCUGGCUUAGGGCAAGGAAUGACAAAACAAGCUUUCGAACUCCUAAAGAUAUAUAAUAUUAAGAUUUAUUUAUACAAUGAUUGCAGUAAGAACAACAUAUUGAAAGAGGACUCUGGAUCCUCGUCUAGAAUUUAGGAACUCACGUUUGUUUACUAGAAUAGAAAUUGAAUCAGACGCCAUUUGGAGUCUAAAAAUAUAUUGGUGGGUGGCGUAUACAGUUCACUCCCACAAAGACAGGACACAGACAUAGAGAAGAUUGAUAAUAUUAUUCCAAAUGUGCAUAACAUUUUCUGUAAUAUACUACAAGUGCUUUCGAGCACAUGCCCUAAACAUGUAUGUUACACAAGAAUCUUGAUACUGUAUUCCCACUAAUAUUUGCACUAUUAUUUUUUCGCUUCGUUUCUGCUUUUUGAAAUUCUACCCUAUUAAUUUUAAAUGAUUGUCACUUCAAACUUUUUUCAUUUUGAUCGAAAUGUUUAUACUGAAUUGAAUUGCUUGAAGGUACCUACUUUAUCGCCUCUCAAUUGACAAAAAUGCCAUCAACAC